AUGCUGCUCUGGACCAGAAUCGCACUGGCCGCUGUCAUCUGCUUGUCCUUGGUGUCCUCGGGGAUGGGAUGCGGACCGGGCAGGGGCUACGGCCGGAGGAGGCACCCGAAGAAGCUGACACCUCUCGCCUACAAGCAGUUCAUCCCCAACGUGGCGGAGAAGACCCUCGGGGCCAGCGGCAGAUACGAGGGCAAGAUCACCAGGAACUCCGAGCGAUUUAAAGAGCUGACUCCCAAUUAUAACACAGACAUCAUAUUCAAGGAUGAGGAGAACACCGGCGCCGACAGGCUCAUGACUCAGAGAUGUAAAGACAAGCUGAACUCGCUGGCCAUCUCGGUGAUGAACCAGUGGCCCGGGGUGAAGCUGCGGGUCACCGAGGGCUGGGACGAGGACGGCCACCACUUCGAGGAGUCGCUCCACUACGAGGGCCGGGCCGUGGACAUCACCACCUCGGACAGGGACAAGAGCAAGUACGGCACUCUGUCCAGGCUGGCGGUGGAAGCCGGAUUUGACUGGGUCUAUUAUGAGUCCAAAGCCCACAUCCACUGCUCUGUGAAAGCAGAGAACUCAGUGGCAGCGAAGUCCGGGGGCUGCUUCCCGGGCUCCUCCACCGUCAGCCUGCAGGACGGGACCACCAAGCCGGUGAGAGACCUCCAGCCCGGGGACAGGGUCCUGGCGGCGGACGCGCACGGACAACCGGUCUACACCGACUUCAUCAUGUUCAUAGACCAGGACUCCACGACCAGGAGGCUCUUCUACGUCAUCGAGACCUCCUCGGGCCAGAGGAUCUUCCUCACCGCCGCGCACCUCCUCUUCGUGGGCCACGGGAACUCCACGGGGGGCGCGCACGGCAGCGGGGGAAUGUCGGCGGUGUUCGCCAGCCAUGUGCGACCCGGACACACGGUGUUCGUGCAGGAGGAUGAGAGACUGCUUCCGGUGACCGUGACACGGAUUUACACGCAGGAGCACCAGGGCUCGUUCGCUCCGGUGACCGCGCAGGGCACCGUGGUGGUGGACCAGGUCCUCGCGUCCUGUUACGCAGUGAUCCAAGACCACGACCUGGCGCACUGGGCCCUGGCCCCGGUCCGGCUCGCCCACUGGGUGUCCUCGCUGCUUUCCAGCUCCCAGUCCCAGACCAGUGCGCAGAAGGACGGGGUGCACUGGUACUCCAAGGUCCUGUAUCAAAUAGGAACAUGGCUCUUGGACAGCCACUCGAUCCAUCCACUUGGGAUGUCAGUGUACCCGAGUUGA